AUGUUUGUCUUUCAGUGUUGUCAUCGUUCACAAUGUUUUUAUUUCUUUACUUUUAAUAUCUAUCGAUCUAUCAUCCGGUUGCCCAAUGUAACAAGUCAAGCUCAUGCAAAUCGACCAUCAACAAAUAUCGUUGCUCAAAUACGUACAAUUGAUGUUUUACAUUCAAUUGAAUAUCGUGAACUAGAAGAGAAGAACAAAAAAUUAUUAACACAAGUUGAUAAUUUGAAACAAGCUAUUAAAAAAAUGCGCAAAGAGAGAAAAAAAUUUGAAGAAACACAUAUGUUAAAACCUCGUGCUUCAUUAUAUAAUGAGUUACGUUUGUUUUUGGAUUUAAAUUCUGACAUAUAUAAGGGAGAUGGUCGAACAAUUGAAGAAAUUGGAAGUGCACUUGGUUUGAGUUCGAUGGCUAUUCAUCAAGUUCAGCAAGAUGCUGAAAAACCUGAUAAAAUUGCUAUGAAUGUCUGGAGAAAGAUAUGUCCUACACAAGAAGAUAGAAUAUACGUCGGCACUAUCAAACAAGUACCAAAAUCAACAGUUCAAAAUAUUUAUAUGUUUGCUCGUUUAUGUCUUCCCAAUAUGAACUUGAAUUUCAAGAAGAUGCGAAAUGAUAUAGCAACUAAUUUACGUCAAGGUCGUUUUAAUCCUAAAUCGACAGCAAAUAUGUCGUCAAAUUAUACUGAAACGCAACAAAAUAAUCAAAGUGAUGAUGAGAACGAAGAUGAUAUGUCGGAUGCAGAAGAAACAACUGAUUUAGAAUCGUUUUUAAAGGAAAAAAACUUGAUCAAUUAUAUUAGUGAUGAUGAAUAA